CUGCACCCACACAUUGCAAUGUAUUCUGCCCUUCCGCUUAUCCUUGCUGCUUUUGUCCCCCUUACGGCAGGCAUUCAGUUGGUCAUCGAUCCCUCUUGUGGUGCCCUCUUCGAGACUGUCUCUGAUAUCAACGCUGGUCUUGGAUCGUUGAGCUCGUACAGCACUAUCGUCGCGUUCGGAGACGGAUACACUGACGGUGGAAUAGAGAACGGUUCGACGCUCGAAGCGGCAGUCCAAGUUCUCCCAGACCCCAAGGCUGGGGGACGUAUGUCCAACGGCCCUGUCUGGGUAGAGAACUUGGCUUCCGACAUUAACGCGACACUCAAGGAUUAUGCGGUCACCGCAACUGUUGUCGAUCAUACGCAAUACCCCCUGUACACGUUUUCAGAUUCGAGAGAUUUUGUAUAUCAAAACAACUACGUCAUCUCCGGGAGCAGUAAGCCUACUGCAAAUGAUACUUUGUAUGUUGUCUUUGUUGGGAUGGAGGACUUUAUCCUUGCCGAUGCUACGACUUUCCCCGUCAUAGCCAGCGACGUUCUGUAUGAGUUACUUUUGAUGACGGACUCUCCCUUAUUUGCGAAGAACAUCCUGGUGGUAGACAACUACGGGCGCGGGAACGUGACUUCCUACGGGAACGAAUACAAGCAGAACGUUUUUGACGGCCUAGGCACGCUGUACGAGCGGGGAGUCAACGUUGGCUUCGUCGACCUUGGGAACCUAUGGGCUGCGGUACUUGGUACAAACCCCGGCUACGAAGCCUUUGGAUAUGUGAGCGAUGGAGCGUGUACUGUGAAUGCCACGACUACAGUCGGGCAAUGUGAUGACCCCGAUGAGACGUUUUACUAUAUCCCGGACUAUCCUUCUGCAGUAACUCACCGGCUGAUGGCCGAUUAUGUGGAAGCUGUGCUUGAGCAAUGCCAGUGGUCAUGAGUUAGGAAGCGUUUAAAGAUAAUAUAUGAAGUACUUAUGCAAUUUUUAUCUAAUUAAUCCGGUUUUUGUCUUCUUUCCGUCUUUCUGAGGCUCAGAGGAGAAGGAAAGAAGGGACGACCGUUUCGG